AUGACCGAUUGGGCUAAGCUGAAUCCAGUUUUUUAUGAGCACGAUGCAAAACUGGCUACAAAUAUCGCCGACAAUUUUGAUGUCAGUUUAAUACAUCCAGUGUAUUAUGGGUUUGAAGAUGCCGAAGAAGAGGAAAUAAACGAAAAAGAUAAAAAAUGUGAAGACAAGAAUAUAAACAAAGACGACGAAAGGCAUCGAUGUUCUGCAAAAGAGUACUUGGAGAAGGAAAUAUUUCCAGUUUUGCUCCCAGCUCUAGACAAGAUGCUUCGAUCUGCAGUUGAGAAUGAUGCCUUGAAGUGGAAGAGAACAAAAUUCAAUGCAUGUGAUUACUUGACUGAAUAUCUCUACAACAACAACCCAAGGCACACUGAAAGAGAGGAGACAUCAUUAUGGAACAUCCCAUUUGUACAAAGAAUUAAUGCAGAAAAUCCAAGGCCCCCAUUACCCUUAUCAUUGAUACUUACUGACGAGGAAGCUGCCAUCAUUAUUCAGUCCUUCUGGAGAGGAUGUGUGGUGCGGAUGGAUGAGGAGGUGCAGGAGCUUCGAAAAUAUCAAAAAGAAAUGCGCGAGCAAGAGUAUGAUAUUGUACUGAAAGUGGAAGACUUUUGGAAAAAACAUCCAGUUGGGGACGAGAGUGACGAAACAGCUUCAUAACAAUUUAUUUAAAUGACUUGCGAUACUUUUGUAUGAAAUUGCUAAUAGCUUCUCUUUACUUUGAAUUUUACCUUAUUGAAGGAUUUCAACUUUAAGCAUCCUCUUCAACGCCCAGUUCAUAAACUUCAGAAUCGUCAAUCAUCGUUGGGAGACGUUCUCCAUUCUCAACCAGUAAACAGUACAUUUUCCGAAAAACAUCAAUUUUCUCACUGAAAAAGAAACGAAAAAUUUACCAAGAAAAACGCUUAAAAACUGAUUAAAAAAGGUUUUACACUUUUCACAUCGUAGCCGACUUUGUUUCAUUUGAACCUCGUGUACACACGAUUUUACGGCAUUUUUGGGAGGAAGAUAUAUCGAAAUAUUCCACUGCUAAAUGUUCAUUAAUACAUAAUGUAACAAGGUUUAUGCUGCAGUAAAUUUUGUAAAAAAAAUUCAAUAUGAUCGUGAAAACAUGAUGUCAUUUCAACUUCCAAGAUUAUAGGACCAACCAUUUAGAAUAUUGAAUUUAUGUUAUUUGAAAGCCAUGGUUUUAAGAAAAAUGCGGGCCAUAUUGCCUUCAAAUAGUCGAAAUCUUGCUCUUAAGAAUCUUCGGAAUAAUUAUUAAGAGCAAUAGGCAGUUAUGAAAAAUAGGUGAAAAUAAAGCUUCAAUGAUGUUGAGAGUUAAUUAAAAAGAUUAAAAACUUUUCCUUCAGCAUUUAAUGUUGAUUUAUCGAGUAUUUGCAGUUUUAACGAAUUGAUGUGUGUUGCAAUGUAAUGACUAGAACCGCAGAUAGGAACGCCGUUAAGAGUUAACAUUAAGUUUUGUGAGUUAUCGACGACCGAACACAACGUUCUCCUACAUAAUGUGUAUAUUUGUAAUCUUCUACAAUGCAAAAUCAACGUUAAA